GGUGCCGGCGGCAUCGCCCGGCCCGGCCCGGCCCCGGCCCGUCCCGUCAUGUCGCUGAGCCCCAAGCACACGACGCCCUUCUCGGUCACCGACAUCCUGAGCCCGAUGGAGGAGAGCUACAAGAAGUUCGGCGGCAUGGACGGGGCGGGCGGGCUGGGCGCGCCGCUCGGGCCGUACCGCCAGGCGCCCGUGCCCGCCUCGGCCGCCGCCGUCCCGCAGCACGUCCCGGCGGGCGCGGCCGCCUACCACAUGCCCCACGGCGUCUCGCAGUUCCCGCACGGCGCCGUCGGGGGCUACUGCAACGGCGGGCUGGGCAACGUGGGCGAGCUGCCCGCCUACCCCGAGGGGAUGCGGGGCGGCGCGGCGGCGGGCGGCGGCUGGUACGGGCCCGGCGGCGACCCCCGCUACUCCAGCAUCUCCAGGUUCAUGGGGCCGUCGGCGGGGAUGAACGUGGCCGGCAUGGGCGGCCUGAGCGGCAUCGCCGAGGGCGCCAAGGCCAUCGUGCCGCUGCACGCCGCGCCGCGGAGGAAGAGGAGGGUGCUCUUCUCCCAGGCGCAGGUCUACGAGCUGGAGCGGCGCUUCAAGCAGCAGAAGUACCUGUCGGCGCCGGAGCGGGAGCACCUGGCCAGCCUGAUCCACCUGACCCCCACGCAGGUGAAGAUCUGGUUCCAGAACCACCGCUACAAGAUGAAGCGCCAGGCCAAGGACAAGGCGGCCGCACAGCAGCUGCACCCCGACGGCGGCGGCGGCGGCGGUGGCGGCGGCGGCGGCCUGUGCCAGCAGCCCUCUCCGCGCCGCGUGGCCGUGCCGGUGCUGGUGAAGGACGGCAAACCGUGCCCGCCGCCGGGCAGCGGCACCCCGGGCCCCGGCCCCGCCGUCCCCGCGGCCCCCGCCGCGCACCCGCACCCCGGCUCGCUGGGGCAGGCGGCCGACCUGGAGGAGCUGUCGCCCAGCCCGCCGGCGCUGCACGGCCCCGUGGCCCCCCUGGCCCCCCUGGACUCGGCCGGCGUCGACUACAACGGCGGCAUGGUCAGCCCCACCCUGCUCUACGGCAGGACGUGGUAAUCGGUGCGCCCCGCGUGUGUCCCCCCCGAGAGCCCCGCUCCUCCGCCCGCUGCCCGCGGGCACCGCCGGCGGCCGCCCCCGCCCCGCUCCCCUCCCGGCCUCCCUUCGGGUUUUUUUUAAGUCUCUGCGGUUUUUCGGACGAGCGGCCCCGACGGCAGCGCUGGCUGUGAGGGUGAGUGAGCGUCGAUGCGUGCGAGGCUCGGUGUCCGCGUCCCGGCCCCGAGGGCUCCUCCCGACGGGGCGGGGGCAGCCGGGGCAGCUCGGGGCGAGGCUCGGGCACGGCCACAAUCCGCCCUGCGAGCCCCGUCUCCUCCCGGAGCAUCUCCGAAUUCAUCCGGCGGGGGUGGCCGCAGCGCCGCUCCGCUCCCAUCCCCGCCCGAGGUGAAUCGAGCCGCGGCUCGGCUGCGGCGGGAGAGAGAGGUUUCAGGGGAAAGCCCCGUUUUUUUCCUCGUCGUUGUUAUUCCAAAUCGUGGAGGGGGCGGAGGAGAGCCCGGGGAUUCCCGGGGCUGGACCCCGCUUCCCGCCGGGAUCGGGCCCCGCCGCCGCCGGAGCGGGGCUCGUUCAUCCCGAGGAAAUCCCUCCCGCACGUCGGGAAACGCGCCUCGGGACGCUCCGGCGAUUUUUUUUCUUUCCUUUCUUUUAUUUUUAAUUUUAAUUUUAUUUGGAAACAAUAAAAGGAAGCCUUGUUCUCA